CAUAAUUGUAUUCCUCACAUUCGAUUCUUUCAAAUGUCAUUCAAUGAUUAUACAAAAGUUAGGACUCAAUUUAAGGAUAUCUUACCGGAUGGUCUUGAUGGAGAAGUUCUUCAAUAUUUAUCAAACUCUAAUUUCAAAACUACAUUCAAUGUUUUACCCUCAAGAUUUCUAUUUGACUCGAAAAUUAUUAAUUCUAAAGAUGCAGCAUUGAUAGCAAGUUGGAUUGAUAAAAAACGUGGAGCAUCUUACAAUUUUAAAAAUAUACCUUUUAAACUUGAACUUAUUUAUCGUGCAAGUCAAGAAGACUUUAAAAUCAAGAAAUUUCAUGAGAAUUGUGAUAAUAAAGGACCAACAGUUGUUGUCAUUAAAGUUCACGAUUCAGGUGAAAUAAUUGGUGGAUAUAAUCCAUUGGAAUGGCGUAGUUUUAAAAUAUUAGAAGAUGAAAGGAGUCCCAUAUUAUAUCAUAAUUGUGAUUUUUACAAUAACCAUCAACGUAAAUCAUCAAAUAGUUUUAUAUUUUCAUUAACCAACCGAACAGUACCUGUAUUAAGUCGUGUCACAUCUAAAAGAGAAGCAAUCACUUGGUGCAAAAACAAAGGACCUUGUUUUGGAUUACA